AUGUCCUCCUCACCUUCGCCUCCAUCCACGAAGCUCCGAGUCCUGUGUCUACAUGGCGCUCGCACCAAUUGCCGAGUGAUGGAAACGCAGACACGGGGUCUUCGUGACGCAUUGGGACCAAAUGCUGAGUUCAUUUUUCUCAACGGAUCAUUCGAAGCUCGUGGACCAACCGAUGCGAUUGUUGAAAAGCUCUUUGGAGAUACAGCGCCAUUUUUUGAAUGGUGGAUCGUGAGGGACUUGGAAAACGAGGAAAUAGAAGAUAUUGAAGCUCAGGAUGGUGUUCCCCAGGGCACCGCAGCACGCUGGUGUCAUGUGUUCGAGGGCUUCGAUCAAGCCAUUGAAAGUAUGGACGAAAAGCUCAAUGAGUUGGGCGAGUUUGACUUGGCCGUGGGGUUCUCACAAGGUGCCGUUAUGCUCACCAUCUUGUCCAUGUGGUACCACAAAAAGACGCCUACCAAGCCGUGGUGGAAGCUUGUGCUUUGUGUGUGCGGCGUGUACCCACGAGGGAUUAAUGUGCGGGAGCUGUUCGAGGAGAACGAUGGGAAGCCGAUACUCGUGCCAUUUCCUUCGAUCCAUGUAGUAGGACAGAAGGAUAGUUUGUAUAAAGAGUCGUUGGUACUAAAAGACAUGUACACACCACAUGCCCGCGGGAGUCCGCUCGAGAGACUGCUCAUUGAGCACGAUGGGGGACACAAGUUCCCGUCUCCAGGACGACACACAAAGUUUUAUGCCGACUUGGCAGACACGAUUUGGCAGUUUUUCACCGACAUACAUCACAACUCGGUGGCAAGACUGUAA